ACUGUUUCAACUACUCUUAUAGUCAGGGUGCUUUUCAUGUACAAGAUAACCCCACCUCCCCUACGGCUAAUCUCUCAGCCCUACUGGAUAAAAAACCGGUCAACUUAAUUUCAUUAUCUAAUACUCCUGACGGUAACCAAGUUUCUGAGACAUCAAUAACAUUCGGUUUUUCUCUAUCCACCAUUGACUUGAGCCUCGCCAUUUUAUUUAGUAGGCUGCGAGCAUCAAAAGACAGAAGCGAGGAAGUUCGAAUACAUAUUUGAUAGGCUACCAAUAUAUGGAGAAUCGACUGAUCUAAUCUGGCUAGCGAUUGCUUGGGUUGAGCACAGUGUUCUCACUCGUGAUCUGGUGCGGAUGCAUAACCGAUCGCCUUUAGCUAGCGAUAAUAUAUUGUACUCUAAUGCUUGGUAAAAUCGGUUACGAUGCGUCCUGGUUAUCUUCAAUACCGUGGAAGGCUAUCCACUAUGCUCUGUUAUUUUUGAUGAUUGAAAUAGUGACUUUUGCGUAUGGAGUUAUGGUGUUUACUCUCCUAUACCAAACCUACAUUCCAACCGUAAAAUUGGAAAGAGAAUUAGAUUUAGUGUUUGAUACAAAAUGUAAUGUACGAACGGGGUGUUCCAACGUUUGCAGUUUUCCUACAGCGAAUUUCUCUGUUUCUGAAAGUGGAAUAUCUCUCUUAACACCCAAAUAUCCGUACAUGCUCAUGCUAAACCUAUGGCUUCCAGAUUCCAUUCAUAAUAGAAAUGCAGGUAUGAGUAUUAUCACCCUAGAACUAUAUGGCCGUGAACAUGUUCUUAUACAGCGAUUCAGAAAACCAUUUUCAAUGCCUUAUCGAUCUAAUGAAGUUCGAAUGAUAAGUAAUAUACUGUUUGCCCCCUUGUAUAUAAUCGGUAGGAUGAAAGAAGAACUGCUGCUUUCAAUUGAGAUGUCAUCUAGUUUCCAGUUCGAUGCGACUCAACCAGUUCUGGAAGGUCGCAUCAUUAUGGAGUCUAAACGCUACUUAUGGUCAGCUUUGGAGCUUAAAAUACAGACGACGCUUAGCAGAUUUCAAAACGUUCUAUACUACUAUCCACAGGUUUCUUUCAUAAUUUGCAUAUCUGUCGUUUCAUUCCUUAUGAACAUGAUCUACAUAUCAUCCAUUCUUUUAUACAUUUUAUGGCGAUUUUUCAAGAAAUCCAGAAAUCCCGAACUUUCAAAGGUUAAAGAUGAACCGAAACCUGAAAACUACCCACUAUGCGGUGAGAUUGACUCUGAAGAUAAUUCAUUUUCAGAUUAAAUCUACGUAGAAAUUUGUAUCACCGUUGACAUUGUUCAUCACUUUCAGUUUCAUUACAGGUCUGCUGCUGUAACAACUCAAAUGUUUACACUUAAUUUUUUCAUCAUGGCUUAUUUUUUUAUGAAACUAACUAAUCCUAGUCUUUGAA